GGGGUGUACUAGGGGUCAGACAGUACGUAGGUUUAAAUUAUGUUGAGAUGUAUUGGCAAGUUGGUCCCAUUCCAGUCAAAGACGGAAUUGGAAAAGAAACUGUUCUUGUCUACUCUACAGAUAUACAGUCGGACAAGAAAAUGUAUACUGACGCAAAUGGUCGGCAGUUGAUUGAAAGGAUUCGACGAAUUGAUUCAUUAGACGCGUUUGAAACAUCAAACUAUUAUCCAAUAACCUCAAGAGUUGAACUGAGAUCAAAUGAGGAUGUUUUUACUGUUCUUCCAGACAGAAGUGAAGGGGCAGCUAGCCUUGUAGACGGUCAACUUGAACUUAUUUUACACAGACGCCUGCUACAUGAUGAUGGCUACGGGGUAGGUGAACCACUGAAUGAGACAGAAACAUUUAAUGGUGAAGAGACAGGACUUGUUGUAGUUGGUCAACAUCGUGUUCUAACAGGACAUUCAUUGGAUCAGGCCCGGAGUGAAAUGUUAGAGCAUGAUUUACCCGUUCAACUAUCCUUUCUUUCAACCCAGCUAACACUAGAGAACUGGGUACAAUUAUCUCUUCAGGAGUAUAGUGGUAUAAAGAAGGAGCUUCCAGCAAACGUGCAGAUUUUGUCACUUUCCGUUAGAAAUAGUUCCACAGUUCUACUUAGACUCUACAAUAUGAUGGCUCAGGAUGAAAAUUCAGAACCUGCUUAUGUUGACCUACAGAAUUUGUUUACGGAAUUCGAGAUUGUAACAAUGGAGGAAGAAAAUCUAACCGGUGCAACACCGUUAUCAUUCUCCAAACAACAUGCAGUACACUGGAACAUCAACAACGAUAAUAACAACAACAAAUAUGACGAAAGUGGUUUCCGUUCUGUUGAGGAUAUAAGCCCGGUAGAACUAACUCCUCUUCAAAUUAGAACCUUUAUUCUGAAUGUCGUCUGGAACUGAGAAAUAAAAAGAUAUUCUAAA